UGUGAGUGGUUUGGGUGAGGGGGGUGAGAUGAGACGGAGGCUUUAAGAUUGGCUCCGUCCUUCCUUCACUCCUCUCCGAGGUGAAGACCGGUGGCUGUCGUCGGACGUCCAGCGGAGCGUCUUCACCAUGGAGACGCGGUGCAGCUGCAGUUCGUCUCUCGGACGCCUCUCAUCACCGAGCUGGAGCAGAACCGUUCUGUUCCCAGACUGGGCCUACAAGCCGGCCUGGUCUCCAGGCUCCAGGCAGAUCCAGUUGUGGCACUUCCUGUUGGAGCUGCUGGGGCGGGGCGAGGGCGGAGCCAUCGGCUGGGGAGGGGAGUGGGGCGAGUUUGUCAUCAGGGACCCCGAGAGGCUGGCCCGACUCUGGGGGGAGAGGAAAGGCAAACCGCACAUGAACUACGACAAACUGAGCCGAGCGCUGAGAUAUUACUACAACAAACACAUCCUGCACAAAACCAAAGGGAAGAGGUUCACCUACAAGUUCAACUUCAGCAAACUCAUCCUGGUCAACUGUCCAGGGUUUCUACCGCCAUCUCUGGGACAACAGCUGCUACAGAACCCCCCCCCUCCACUCCCUCUCCUCCCUGCUGACAGCGUCCUCCCCCUGUGUGGGGGUUCGGUGAUGGACGGAGUUGUCCCCCCUCUGCCUCUGCCUCUGGGUCGUCCUCAGGGAGUCCUGCCUCCCAUCCCUCACCCUGGCACAUCGUGUCAGCAGCAGCAGCAGCGGCGUCCGGCCCCCGAAGAGCGCCCCCCACAGGGUGGGACCUGA